AUGUAUAACAACUUCGGUCAAGGCGCUCCGUUGUAUGCUCAGCAGACUGGUAUUCAACCCCAAUAUCAACAGGGCUUCCAGCAGCAGCAGCAACAACCGUUGUACUCUCAGCCAACAGGCUAUGUUCAACCGCAACAGACCGGGUACAUUCAACCACAGCAGACUGGAUAUGUCCAACCACAGCAGACUGGAUAUGUCCAACAACAACAGACCGGGUUCUACUCUGCUUCUCAACAGAUUCCAAAGAACAACGAGCUGAAGAUCCCAAACAUUCGACUAUCCUUCAUCACCGCUGCUGAUCAGCAGCAGUAUGAGCAGAUCUUCCGCAGUGCUGUUGGCAAGGGCUCGAACUCCAUCACGGCCGAUGCUGCUAGGGACAUCUUGAUGAGAUCUGGACUACAGCCACAGCAGUUGGCACAGAUCUGGGAGUUGUCUGAUUUGAACAAGUCUGGUCAAUUGUUGUUCCCUGAGUUUGCCCUUGCGCUGUACUUGGUUGGAAAGGCGUUACAGACUCGUCAACUGCCGUACCAGCUGGAUCAGUCGAUUAAGAAGGAGGUUGAAGGGUUUAUCGAUGCGAUCAACUUCACCGUGCCUGAUGAAUCUCAGCCAAAGGCAAAGACCCCGUUUGACAACAUGAACUCGCUCAAUGGGCUACAGUUUGGAAUCCCUACACCCACAGGUGGUGUUCCUGCUAUGCCACAGACUUCUUUCCUACAGGCUCAGCUGACUGGCUAUCAACCACUGCAACCUCAAUCCACUGGAUUCAGACCUCUACAGGCUCAGGUCACAGGGUAUAGUCAACCCUUGGCUCCUCAGACUACUGGUUUUUCAGGGAUUCAGCCACAACCAUUACAACCACAAUCCACCGGUUUCUCUGCUCCGUUGUUGCAACCUCAGUCUACUGGGUUCCAGCCUUUGCAGCCACAGGCCACGGGCUACAUGGCACCUUUGACUGCUCAAAAGACCGGUGUCGGUAAUAACAGUUUCUUCCAGACGAAUCUGCUCCAACCUCAGAAGACUGGAUUCCAAAACUUGCAACAGUACGGCCAAAACCAUUAUCAGCAUCAGGAGUUCAUUAAGCCCCAAGAGAGGCAGUUAUUUAACAAGAUCUUUGACUCGUACGAUAGAUCAAAGACAGGACUAUUGGACGGUGCGACAUGCUCUGAGAUCUUUAGAAAGUCUGGUCUCAACCGUGCAGAAUUGGAGAAAGUGUGGAACUUGGUUAACGUCAAUGACAGCCCAAAAUUGAACAGAGAACAGUUCUCCUUGGGGAUGUGGUUGAUCUAUAAAAAGCUGAACGGGCAUGACUUGCCAAAUAGACUACCAGACUCUUUGGUCCCUAAGAGCACACAACUCAUAGACGACGUUAAAGACACCAUGAAGUUGAAAACCCCUGCAUUCUCUAAGAAACCAUUCGGUUCAUCAACCUUCCAAAACAAUGAUGACGAAAUAAAACCUUCUGAGAAUAGAAGAAGGGCUGCUCCUGAAAGUGGAGCUGAUUUGGAGCUGAUCAAGGCCAAAAUUGAACAGAAGAAAUCAGAAUUGGACUUCAUACAGGGACAACUUGAUUCGAGUAGCUCAUCACUACAGGAGAAUGGUGGAGAUAUGAGAUCAAUUGAAGAGUUGAAAAGUAGAAUCAGAGCACUCCCAGCAACCAGUGCCGGCACAGAUCGUCUGCAGUUGAAAGACAAGUUGAACCAAUUGACGUCAAAGGUUCCAGAUUUGAUUCGUGAGAUCUCUCGUAUUGACAACGAUAUCACAAAUUCCAAGAUUGAGCUCUAUAGCAUCAAGCAUCCAAGCUCGAUCAUUGGCACUGGUCCAAAUGGCGAGGUGACUGAAGCUGAUAAAAGAAAAGCAAAGUCGAAGGCUCUUUUGGCCCAAAGAAUGCAAGCUUUAACUGGUAAACCAACUGCUGGUGCUGACGUUGACUUUGAAAAGCAAGAGAGGGACUACAAUGACCAUGUCACCAGGGUAAAACAAGAGAACAAGGAAAAUCAGGCUAUCAUCUAUGACAUUGAGAAGAGCAUCAAAGAUCUGGCCUCCGGCUCUCAAGGAGUUCUAAGCAGAGAUGGUGAUGCUUCUGGGUACAGAAAAUUUGAGCUAGGCCUCGAUGUUCAGCCAGAAGUUGCAUCCUUCCUCAGAGAGUUGAGAAAUGCUAAUGUAUUAUCGUCAACACAGUCAUACUCUGCACCAAAGGUGUCGUCGUCUUCUGUAACUUCGGCGUCGACUCCUGCUGGCCACUCUUUUUCACCUUCUGCUACCUUGUCCAACGCUUCACAUGCUUUGAAGGCACCUGUUGAUAGAGCUGCUUACAUCAAGGAACAGGCUAAAAAGAGAAUGAGUGAGAAGUUGGCAAAGUUUGGUAUUCAUAGAAGACAACAUGAUGACUCUGCCAGUGAUUCGAGUGCACCAUCCACUACGUCUGCUGCUGUUCCGUCGCCUGCAGUACCAUCUCCUCCACAACAUGAAGCACCUCAAGAGGUGACGAGUACUCCUCCAGUGGUUGCAAAGCAACCUGUUCAGCCUUCACAACCAGCAAUUGUGAAGGCACAUGCUCCUCCGCCUCCACCUGUUGCAAGAUCGUCUGCCAAAACGUUGGUAAGUCAUGAUGAUGAUGAUGAAGAAGAUGAGGAAGAAAAGAAAUUACGUCAACAGCUCGAGGCUCUGAAGUUAAAGAGAAAGGCUGAAAAGGAGGCUAGAUUGGCAGAGCUCCGUCGUCAAAUUGAAGAGGAAGAAAAGGCUGAGGAGGAUGAGGAAGCAUCCUAUACUUCUGCUCCACCUGUGAAGACUUUUACUCCUCAGCCUACGAAGCCAACGAACUCAAAGGAGGCACCAAAGGAGGCACCAAAGGAGGCACCAAAGGAGGCACCAAAGGAGGCACCAAAGGAGGCACCAAAACCAGAUAUUGCUCCACCAACAGCACCACAGCAUCAUGACACCAAUCCAUUUGCAAAGAACUCCUCAGCACCAAGUACUUCUUCCAACAAUCCAUUUGGCAGACCAGAGACUUAUAACAAACCAGCUGAAUCAAAUUCUAAGCCAUUGUUUGAUCAAAACAAGAUUGAGGCACAGAGAAAGGCUCAAAGAGGCUAUGACGACGAUGACGAUGGUUGGUCUGAUGAUGAAGUGAACAAUCAAUCUGACGAUGAUAGUUUGCCUAAUCGUCAAGGAGCUGCACAUCUAGCUGGCCUAUUGUUCUCAGGCAUGGGACCAGCGAGAUCCACAUCACAAUUGAAUACACCUAAGGAGGAGGAUAAACAGUUGGGUCAACCAGCAGCUAAACCAGUGCCUAUUGCAGCUCCUUUGCCUACGAUAAGCACACAUACUACUGAAGUACCUGUUCCAAUUGCUGGAUCACUUCCAUCUGCAUCUGAACCACCAGUACCUGUGGCUCCACCUGCUGUUCCACCUGCUGUUCCACCUGCUCCUCUACCAGCUUCGGAACUAACUCCAGUUGCUUCCGUGUCACACGCCUCAGAUGAAACACAACCUAUCCCUGUUGCUGAGACAGUUACCUCUGUGGCUCCACCACCUAUUCCAAUUGCUCCACCUGCCGUGCCUUUGGCUCCUCCUGCCAUCCCAUCGACUGAAUCUGUAUCCAGAGAAACUCCAGGCACAGAUGAGUUUACUGACAUACCUGGGUCUUUCACUUCCUCUGUGGCAUCUCCUGAUACGGUUUCUCUUCCAACGCCAGCACCAGUGGUUGAAGCUUCCAGUGUGCCUGUUUCUGAUGCACCACCGAUUCCACAGGGUAUUGCAUCGUUUGCCUCCCAAGAAACCGAAGAAGUUGAUCAGUUCGCAACGCCUACUGCUCCUUCACCUGUCUCUGCUCCAUCUUAUGAGGCACCUGCCAUCGUUGCACCACCAAUUCCGCUAUUGGAUACUCCAUCACUACCAGAGGUUGGCCCACCAUCUAUUCCAGAUGUUAGUUCUGUGGGGGCUUCUAUAUCAGAACCACCUUUGCCUGAAGUGAGUGCUCCACCACCACCACCAUUGCCUGAAGUGAGUGCUCCUCCUCCUCCACCAUUGCCUGAAGUGAGUGCUCCUGCUCCUCCACCUCUUCCAGAAGUCAGUGCUCCACCACCACCACCAUUGCCUGAAGUGAGUGCUCCUGCUCCUCCACCAUUGCCAGAAGUCAGUGCUCCACCGCCUCCACCUCUGCCAGAAGUCAGUGUUCCACCACCACCACCUCUGCCAGAAGCAAGCGCUCCUCCUCCUCCUCCAAUGCCAUCUAUCUCCGCUCCAAGUGGAUCUCCACCAUCUGCGCCGGCUUCUGUUGGAGGUGGGCUUCCAUUCCUUGCCCAAAUUCAACAACGCAGGGAUGAUAGAUAUGUUGUUGAGUAA